UGGCUGCACAGCGGCGCCAUUGGCGGAGCGUCUGUGCGGGCCUGUGAGCGGCGGCAGCAGCGGCCGGAGCCCGGGGAGGCGGCGGCGGAGCUCGGAGGCGGCCGGAGCGCAGACCAAGAUUUGUCAUUCCCAAGCCUUGGGCCAAUGGAGGAGAAGGGAGAGCCCCAGAGAUCCUGCAUGAGGAGGGCCUGCAAACCCAGCCCAGGAAGCUGCAAGAAGAAAAGACCCCCUCUGUGCCAGAAAGGUGGUGCGAGGUCCAGCCAGAGCUCUGAGCUGGCAGAGAAGCCCCACAAGUGCUUGGAAUGUGGGAGGAGCUUCAGCCGGAACUCCCACCUGGUCCGACACCAGAUGAUCCACACUGGGGAACAGGUGGAACAACCCUACAAGUGUGGGGAAUGUGAGAAGAGCUUCAGAGACAGCUCCAACCUAAUCCGGCACCUGAGGAUCCACACUGGGGAACGGCCCUAUGAGUGUUUUUUGUGUAAGAAGAGCUUCAGACAGAGCUGCAGCCUGAUGGAACACCAGAGGAUCCACACUGGGGAAAAGCCCUACGAGUGCUUGGAAUGUGGGAAGAGCUUUGGAUGGCGCUCCGACCUGAUCCGGCACCAGAGGACCCACACUGGCGAGAGGCCCUAUGAGUGUUCUGAGUGUGGGAAGAGGUUUCGGAGCAAGUCCCAUGUCCUCCUGCAUCAGCGGACUCACACCGACGAGAGGCCCUUCCGCUGUCCCGACUGUGGGAAGGGCUUCAACCGCAACUCCCAUCUCACCCUGCACCGGCGCAUCCACACUGGGGAGAGGCCCUACGAGUGUGGGGAAUGUGGGAAGAGCUUCUCCAGCAGCUCUGGCUUGACCCAACACCAACGGACACACCAGUAAGGGAAGCCCUGUGAGUGUUCCAAGUGCAGGAAGAGCUUCGUGCACUGCUUCAACUCCAUCCCCUGUGGAGACUCGGGCCUGCCAGAGGGGCUGUAAUGCCUCAGCUCUGGAGGGGCAGAAAUAAGCAAGGAGAAAAACCCCUCUGAGGUAAGGGUUACAAGAGCCUCCCUCCUAUAGGCCUCUGUAGACACAUGUAAUGUGUUAAACUUCAUUGGUUUAUCCAGUUGACAUUACCCCUGUUCAGCCCCUUUUUACUAUAUUUCAUCCCCCCAGAAUGUUCUUCCCUCACCUGAUCCCCAUUGGCUCCAGUUUGCUGCAGUGUUCUGUUCCUGUUAUCCCAUUGGUUCCCCUAGUUUGCCGCCCUUCCUCUGCACCACUUUUCCCUGUUUCCAUUACUUCUUGCCCUUCAAAUCCAACCCCCUUUUUCCAUAUUUAACCCUGUGUCCUCGACCCUGCUGGGUCUUUGUCCCUGGACCCUCUUCCUGGCAAUAAAGGGCUUUUGGAUCUCUAAAGAAAGACCUGUCCCUCCCCUCCUUUCCAGGCUCCUUUAGCAAGCCUGCUCCGGGCCUUGAAAGCGCAGGUUGCUCUCUGGGACUCGUCGAAGUGCGCUGCUUCAGUCUCCCAUGGGAGGAUCCACAGUGGAUGAUCCCCAGUGACCCCUGUUGGGAAGAGCUCUGGUGACCACUGUUCUGCAUGAGGUCCAUUUUGUGGGGGGAAGGUGUUGGAGAGAUUUCUUUUCCUUCUCCUUCUCCUGCUCUCAUUUGGUUGGUAAUAAAUUCACUCCCUGUGCCCAGGCUGGGUCUGUUUUUGCCCGUGCUGGUACUCAGGGUGGGAUCUCUCCCGGUCUUUUUCUGCCCUCCUGGCCCUUUCCUUGUAUUUCCUCUCCCUGUGCAGUUGCAGAGGGCAAGGACUGAGCAGUUUUGGUGGCUCCCGGCAUUCUGGCAGGACCAGCCCAGCCCCAGGAGUUCCAAGGGACUUUUUGGGGGUUGCCCCAUUUGUGGGACAUGUCCGCUGGAGGAGGGUGUCCCCCCUUCUGCAGCCCCAGCCCUCAGGCAGCACUCAGCCAAGCAGAGAACGCCCUCAGCUGGGGCCUCAUUUCUGGACACACCUGAGCCACUGGACAGCUCAAUACCCAUCUUGGAGUUCACCUGAGUUCCUGAAUAUCUGGAACCCCAUUUUUAGAGCUGUUUUGGGUUUGCACAGCCUGUUUUUUGUAGUGGGGGUGCUCCAGGGGUGGGUUCUGAGAGAAGCUUUUGGAAGCUUCCUCCAUGUUCAGCAGAGCAAUUCCCUGGUGGUUCCAAAGAUAGAGGUGCUGGAUGCAGAGAUCCCCCCACAGCCCCUGGCGAUCAGUUGAGGGUUUCUUGCAGAACUGUGGACAUGUGCACAACCCAGCCUUCAUUGAGACUGAGUAGGAGGUUGCAGUGGCCUUAAGGACACAAAAGAGGAAGAGCGUACUCAGAAGUAAACAAGUCCAGGAUGAAAGCCAGGAUAUGAAGACAGAACUAAAAGCCACAGCAGAGUGCAUGAAGAAGGAAAACUAAGCAGUUAGCUGACAGCUUGAGACGUGUGCCCAGACUUAACCAAUCAUGAAUUAGCUUAGGGCUCGUGAACAGUAGAACAUGAUAUAAAUGUAACCUAUUUGAGCAAUAAAUUGGCUUCACUUGAUCACACUGA